AUGAAGCAAUUGCUGCUCAUUCUUAUAGUGAUUUAUGUAUGGGUGAUCCUCAAACAACCCACUUUCGCAGCUGAUGUAAGCUUCAACGUGGCAAGCGCUACUAAGACUAGCUACACAAAAUUCUUGAAUGAUGUACGUGAUCUAGUGAAGGACGGGAAAUUGAAAUACGGAGGCACCAAUCUUCCAGUUAUGGCUGCACCAAAAGUUCCACCGGAAUAUCUAUUGGUUGAUUUAGAAGCAGGGGAAGGGGUGGUGAUCAGCAUAGCUCUAAAUAAGAGCAACUUGUAUAUCCUGGGCUACCUUGAUAAGGUUGCUGAAACUUACAGAGCCCAUUUCUUUUCUGACAUUGGUUCAGAUGCCAACACAACUCUUUUCCCUGAGGCAAAGGGUGUUCAAAACCGGAUCAAUAUGGGGUAUACAAGUUCCUAUAAUGAAAUUACAGAUACUGCUGGGUUUUCUGAUAGAGGUAAAUUGAGCCUGGGUAUUCAACCACUCAACAAGCUGAUCAAGCUUGUAUAUGCAAACAAGCUCGAUGUUAAGAUUGAGGCCAGGUUGAUGCUAAUAGCUGUCCAAAUGAUCUCAGAGGCUGCACGCUUCAAAUAUAUUGAGAACAUGAUUCUCACAACCUUUACCCACUUCUACAACCCUGAUCUAAAGGCAAAAACUUUGGAGGUCAACUGGCAGACAGUUAGCAAGAAAAUAAUGACUGCCAAGAAUGGAAUAAUAACACCCUCUCUUUAUCUGGUAGAUGCUAAGGGAAAGCCUUGGACGGUUUCCCUUGUUAAAGACAUAGAAAAUGACCUAGGGCUUUUAAAAUACGAGGGUAACAAGGUCUAG